AUGGUGGCUAUCGAUACCAUCUUCGGGUGGUUUUUCAAUGGACUCGACUCGGUCGACGACUCGUCGGCGAUUUCUACGGCUCUUCUGGCCCUACACUCCGCCGAGAAGUAUCCAAUUCAGAACAACGCGAAGCGGGGUGCAGAAUUAGCGGCUGAGCUCGAACAACAGAUCGACUUCCUCUGGGACAUGGAACGGCUCGGCCUGACCAUGGAGAAAGACGACGAUGAAACUGAGGCAAAGCUUGAACGUUUCGUAGAGGAGACAAUUGAGAAGAGGCCAGACGGAAACUAUACUGUUUCUCUUCCCUUCAGGGAGAAUGUCGGCUCUUUAGGUGAUAAUGAGAAGCUGGCUCGUAGCUGCCUUUCUCAUUUCUUGAAAUCUUAUCGGGAAAAUCAAAAGUUGAUCAUCGCCGUCGACAACGAUAUUAAAGACUGCAUCGCGUCGGGUUUCGCCGAGCCGGCUCCGCAGCGCACAGAAGGGCAACCAGCUCACUAUCUCCCGAUUAUGGCCGUGGCAAAAAAGUCGAGCAUAUCCAAACCCGAACUCCCGAAAAUCAGAGUGGUCAAAAACGCAGCGGCGCGAAGUCGGGACGAAGCAUCUCUUAAUGAUGUCCUUCACUGCGGACCGAGUUUACUACCUGAAAUUCUCAAGGUUCUGAUCUUCUUCCGCUCGCACAAAGCCAUCGUGUCAGAUAUUCAGGAAGCGUUCUUGCAGUUUCAGAUAAAUCCGAAGCAUCGUACCCUCCUGAGAUUCUUUUGGCCGAUCGGGAUAGGGGAAAACCCAAACGCUCCCGUGAGGGAGUUCUGGGGAAGAUCAUUGGAAUUCGGCCUGGUUUGUUCUCCAUUUUUGCAUUGCGCGGGCUUGAGAUACCAUCUCGACUCAGAGAUCAGGAACCGCCCCGAGGAUGCAGAUGGACUUCAAGAAGUCAGGAACUCGUUCUAUAUGGACGAUAUUUUCUCCGGGGCGUCUGAUGUCCUAGAGGGCAAGCACAGAGUUGAAACUCUAUCCCAGGUAUUCGCGAAUGGGAAAUUCCCUCUCAUGAAAUGGGCAACCAAUUCGGCGACUCGGGGUACGUUCAUGAGGAACCAAUUCCCGGAAGCUCAGGUGACUUUCCAGGACAGUAAUUUCAAGAUGUUGGGUAUCCUCUGGGAUCAACCCCAGGAUAAAAUCGGAGUAUUCGUGGACAACGCGUUGACACAACUCCGAGUCGAGCCUCCUACGAAAAUGUCAGUCCUCCGAGGUCUUUCUCAUAUUUUUGAUCCGCUGGGCGUCGUAGUUCCGAUUUCCAUAAACUUCAAAAUCCUCCUCCAGACGCUGUGGAGCGAGAGAAGAGAUUGGACGGAAGAGCUUUCGGGCGAAAAUCUCCAGGCUUUCCAAUUGUUCCGUGAUCAGCUCGAACAGGCAGGAUCCAUCCGCGUCGACAGGCUGGUUUCUUCUCAUCAGGGGGUCGUCCGACGGGAACUGCACGUCUUCUCCGAUGCUAGUCUCCUCAGCUACGGAGCAGUCGUGUAUUUAAAGAAAUUCAUGGAGGACCGUCGCGCUCGGGUGACUUUCAUGAUGGCAAAGGCUAGGGUAAAACCGCUCAAGGGCUGUUGGAACAUCCAUAGAUUGGAGUUACGGUCAUAA